AUGCGAAUGGACCUUCCGCCUGCUCCAGCUGUUCCGCCAGACGCAUUUUUAACUUCACCUCGGGACACUCGCUAUGUCAUGGAUGAAGGGCGUAGAGAUAAUGUGCAGAUCAUACGCGUUGCGGACUUGGCAAGCAUCCACGAUGUUUCUCAGCGCAAAGAUCCUGGUCGCAAUCCUGGUGAUGAUUGGAAAACGUACAGUCGCGAGUUGUUGCAGUCGUUCUUCAAAAUUCAGCAAACGAAGCAUGAGUUGGCACUCUCACCAAAAAUGGGCGUCGGUUUGGGUCCAUCAUUUGAACUUGAUCGCCGUGUGUGUGUUCUUUGUGGAGGUAUAGGAGAUGGUGAUCCUGCACUUUGUGGACGACUUCUCAAUUUGAGUGCAAAUCUAUGGGUCCACGUUAACUGCGCGAUGUGGAGCACAGAGGUUUUCGAAUCCUCUUCCGGUGCUCUUCUUCACGUUGAUCGUGCAAUAGUUCGAGCUGCCGGAGUGAUUUGUCAUUUAUGUGGACGUGUAGGCGCAAGCGUACAGUGUCAUAAGGUCGAUUGCAAUGUCAACUUCCAUUUGCCAUGUGCAGCGAAGAUACAAACUGCCAAGUUUAUCAAAGACAAGACCUUUUUCUGCACAAAGCAUCCCGAGAUCAGUCCUGAUGUUAUGGUCACAUCGCUGGAGGCUCUCAGAAGAAUUUACAUUGAGCGGGACGAAAACGCUCUGUUGUCACGUCUGUUCGAUUUGUCUGAUUCCAAUACACGUCUGUGCCUUCGGCUAGGGGCGUUAUGCUUCUUCCAAGUGGGGCAACUACUUCCGGAUCAGUUGAAAACUUUCCACAAUCAAACCCAUAUAUUCCCUAAUGGCUAUCAUGCAUCGCGCUGGUUCUGGUCACCAGAUGAUCCAAAAACACGAUUGGUGUAUACUUGCAAAAUCAAGGAUGUAGAUCAUAGACCUAAGUUUGUCGUAUCAUGUGGAGAGCGUACGUAUGAGGGAGAUUCUGCAACAGGUUUGUGUAAUCAAACAUUAUUUUGCUGUAUUGUGCAUUUUCAGUCUUCGAAUUGCAUUGCUCUUAUCUGUUUUAUUCCAGAAGCGUGGUCGGAAGUUAUAACAGCCGUUGAACGAAUGCGGGCAAAAACCGAUGCUUUGCGUUUCUUCUCGAAGGGUAUCCAGGGAGAGACUUUGUUUGGCCUGAAUGAAUCUGCGAUAAGCAAGAUCACUGAAUCGCUACCCGGCGUUGAUGGACUGUUCACAUACACUUUCCGGCAUCCUGGUAGUCCACUACUUGAUUUGCCGUUGGCUGUGAACCCUUCCGGAUGUGCCCGUUGUGAACCGCGAUUUCGAACCUUGAUAAAGCACAAGCAACGUGCGCUCGCAAGCGCGCCAUCCACCAGGCAAGAAAAAGAGACGUUUUUACCACAAAUGGUAACCCUUAUCGUGGAUUAUUUUAGCCGAGGAACACAAGACAGUGCAUCUAGUAGCAGCGGACGAACAAGGGGACGUAUUGGAUCUUCGUUCACAGAUGAAUUGGCUAGUGCUCAGAUGCGAGCCAUGUUGCAGGCUUCUGGCAUUGGAGCAGAAUGGGCAUUGGCGUUGGGAGGGCGCGAGCCUUUCUCAAGUAAUUCGCAAAGCUAUACUCUGUACCAAAAGAUGCGGAAAGACUGGCGGCAAACAGUUUACUUGGCUCGCUCCAAAAUUCAAGGUCUUGGACUGUAUGCUAAACGGGACAUACACAUGGGCGACAUGAUCAUCGAGUACAAGGGAGAAGUCAUUCGAAGCGAAGUUGGUGAAAUGCGGGAAAAACGAUAUGUAGCUCAGAAUCGCGGCGUUUACAUGUUCCGAAUAGACGAGGAUCUGCUCGUUGAUGCUACGAUGGCAGGUGGUCCAGCAAGAUAUAUAAAUCACUCAUGUGAUCCUAAUUGCUCUACAAGAAUCCUCGCAGCAGGACCAUCGCCCGAAGAUAAGAAGAUCAUUAUUACUGCCAAUCGCCCCAUCAAAGCUUUGGAAGAGGUAAUGAUAAGUUCACUUUUUUUCUUGAUUAUUCUUUCUUGAUU